AUUGAAGAGUCCGAAGAAGCAGUCGUAAAUCUACUCAAGCGUGACCACUUAUUCACCAGGAAAUUACUAUUGCGAAUAUUCAUAUCAUUGGGGGUGGCUUUACAAUGUCAAACUCAUAAAUCCAGGAUUGAUUCUAGAUAUUUAUCUUUGAAUUAAAAUGGUUCAAGCCUCAACAUACCACCUGUUCCAUUGGAAACUGGUCAUGAACAUCGUGUUCCACGUCACUUUUGGAAAAGUGGUAUUACCGCCAGUCAAUUUUUUAAGUGAUUUUGCGAGCGAGAACAGUCUUCUUGGUCAUGUUAUCUAUCUACCUUUAAGUAAACACCGACACGAAAUCAUUCCAUAUCGCCAACAAGCAAGGAACCUAAUGAUGAAGAUCAUUGACGUUAACCUCGCCUCUCCCACAAUUGAUGCCAGACCCAAUACUCCGGAUCUUCACGUGGCGUUGGAUUUGCAAUCUACACUCAGUUUUCUAACUCAAGCCUUCAAGUGUCAGGUCACCAACGAGAUCUGGCUCAUUGACAUGAAUGGGAUGGAAUUUUCCAAAGUACAGAGUCUCAUGAACUCUUUGAGCAUUGACUUGGACGAUCAAAUCUAUCUGUUUGAUGCUCAGCUGAAUAAAACUGUUAUCUAUGAAACCUAUAAAAUAUCCCACAGCCAUGAUGCCAAAUUGAAGGCCGUGGGAUUCUGGACCAACUCAUCUGGUCUUCAUGUGACCGAAAGAGAAAUUUGGAAACGCCGAAUGGAUUUGGGGGGCCAUCAGUUUAAAAUUGCCAGCAUGGUUUCUCCUCCUUACAUCACCUCCAUGAUUCCAAUCACUGUUUCCAAUUCAGGAAUCCCAAUGGACUAUUCGUUGGGUGGCAUGUUCGCUGAUGUCUUCUUUAACCUUCAAGAAAUCCUCAAUUUCACUUUCCAAGUAACCCAACCUCCCGACGGGGAAUGGGGAGCAAUUCUGGGUGAAAGCCAGGGUUGGUCAGGAAUGAUUGGAAUGCUUCAGAACAAAGAAAUAGACAUGGCCAUUGCAGAUUUCACGGUCACCAAAGAACGCUCCUCUGUGGUCAGCUUUGCUGAGCCCAUCGCACAAAUAUAUCACAGUUUGUUCAUUAAAAAUCCAUCCGGCACGCCCCAUUAUGGGGCGUUUGUGGAGCCAUUGCAUUGGAUGGUAUGGCUGACCUUAAUCCUUUUCAUAGUGAUGACUCCUCCUCUGUUGUGCUUGACUGUCAGCUUUGGGUCGUAUGACCAGUAUUGGCGGGAGUUUACGUUGGGAAAAUCGUACGUUUUUACUGCGGGUGCGAUGACUUUUGCACGAGCGUGGGAUAUCACCCCAACUUCAUGGAAAGCGCGAUGUGCGUUCUUCAGCCUAAUGUUUGGUGGAACGUUGGUGUUCUGGCAUUGGGAAGCCAUGUUGAUCUCUUUUUUGGCUACUCGUGUUAUCGUGCUCCCGUUCAAUUCACUUCAAGGACCGACCAAUUUCAUCUUGAAAUGCCAGCUCACCUUAUUCAAACUCGAUUAAAUUGCAUGGAUUGCCAUUAAUUUUGCCCACGAAUGAAGUUGAGCAAGAGGCAGGCAAUUGAGUUUAGUUUUAUAAAUUUCACUCUUGAAAAAAUAUAUAUUUUUUUCUUAAUUCAUGAGAGUGUAAAAAUCAUCGAAAUGAAAUAUGCCCCGAUUGCCCUUGAAUAUUUUUGCCACUCAAUACAGAAAUGGUAUUAAAAUUUGAUUUUCCCUUCAAGGAACACAUCUCAUUCUUACCAUCUGAUAAAAAGAAAUCGAUAAGCCACACACAAGGUUAGGGCCCCAAAUCCCACGGCAAUUAAAAACCCCAGACGUGUGUUUCGCCAAACGUAAAACAUGAUUACAAAACACUCCCCAACCAAAAUUCACACCUGCAAAAUGUCCGCCAACAAAUACACGUAGUUAUGAAGUGCAUCUGCAGUGCAAAGCAAAGUCGUAAGUUUGACUGGCAAGGUUGCAAGGUUAAUGAGCUUUACAUAGGCAUUUCAUUUUUAUACUUUACUUGUUUCAUAGAGACGUGCAUAGGUGCCCUAAAUCCUUUGAGGAUACUCAACUUCAUAGUGAGACGAGAUGGGCCAAAUAGAAAUUAUUCCCACUAACGCAGUGAGUGACUUCAUUCCCUAUAAAUUCAAGUUUUCUCGAAGCGAAUUAUUUUGAGCUAUUCGUUCAUAGCUUGUUGGAUACUUAAAAAAAUAAAAACUUCCAAAAAUGUCGCAACAAAGCAUUAAUAAGCUAUAGAUACUUCAAUAAAAAGCAGAACUAGAUAGUCCUCUUAUUCGAGAGUUUUGGUUUGAUGGGCAUUUCGAGAUGACUCCCGAUCGUUCAAAUCGGAAAACAGGCCUCGUGGAUGAGUCAGAUUUCCGAAUCAGUUUAUCACCAGGAACAUCUUAUAUGGAUGCCUUCAAACAAAGCCAAGAUCCAAUCUGGCAAAAGGCGUGGAAAGACCGAAUUGAGCCAUAUUUGUCAAGCUAUUCGAACGAUAUUGAGGGACAAACUCGCCAAGUGAUACAAGACACAGGUUUGGCCUUCUAUGACAAUUUCUUUGCAGUAAGAACAUUGGAGAAGUAUGGGAACUGUGAAGUAAUCGCUAUUCCAGCCAAAUACGAUGUAAAACCCUAUGCAUACGCUUUUGCCAAGAAUUCGCCUUAUCUACAGUUGUUUAAUCAUUACUUGAAACAUUUGAGAGAACGAGGAACGACCAAGAACAUUUUGGACAAAUAUGAGAGCCGACCUCAAAUUUGUCCGGACUACAGUGGGAAAGCUUUGGGGCUGAACAAUUGUUUUACAGCUUUUGUGUGCCUCUUGUUGGGAUUGAUAAUAGGCAGUGUGUUUUUGGCCAUGGAGAGAUCCUCUCAUGGUCUCUCUCAAAUCACUGGUUUAAGCUUCAAUUGGCUCCAUUCAUACGGACAAGAGGAUCCGGACAAAGAAGACCUCGAGAUCCUUAACGAUGACACAAUCAAUGUGAAAGCAAAACGUGCCAUUCAAAGCAAGACUCAGCGGAUUCAAGAUCUUGAAGAACUCGUCGUCAAAUUAACUGCGGUUAACACUCAAUCUGUGGAGUCCAAUCAAGGCUUCAUUUAUGCUGACGAGAAAAAAAACUAAAUAAAACACAGACAGAGCAACAAUUUAGUAUCGUUAAUUAUCAAAAGCGGUCAAUAAAGUUAAAUUAUUUU